AUGGCGAUCUCUUCAGCCGAGUGCAGCACAUGGUUGGCUGUAUCCCUUACUAUAGCGGUUGCUGUAGUUGCAGUGAACUUCCUAUCAAUUAUUAUUUUUGUAAAGAACAGUAAUCUUCGCACUCGUUCCAUGUACUUGGUCAUAAACUUGACCGUGGCAGAUAUGUUUGUUGGAGGAAUUUCCACUAUCAGUAUAAUAGUAUUAGUUUUUCUCCUCAACGAUUGCGAAGCUAGAAAUGUGUUAUUCACCUCUAGUUUUAAGCGGGAAUGGCAACCUAUUUUGCUUGUGCUUUUCAUGAUCGACACCUGGCUUUCUCUCAUCUCUGCAGCAGGUAUUGCAGCAAUUUCUUUAGAUCGGAUGCAUGCGACGUUUCGUCCAUUCAGGCAUCGCAACAUCAAAAAAUGGGCGUACGGGGUAACAAUUGCGGGCGUCUGGAUUUUAACUGCGUUGAUAUUAAUAACCUUUCCGUUAAUAAUUCGGUAUGGGGACUGGCUACAGCAACAGUGGCAAUUGUUAUUUCCUUUCUAUUUAUGGCUCUCAUAUUGUUGCCUUUGCCUUAUUGUUAUCUGUGUUUCCUACACCUCCAUUGCUUUAAAAUUUUGGUGUGGAACCCGUCCUCCGUCACAUGGUGCUGCCAAUAGACAAAGAAAACUGACUGUCACAUUAUUUAUAAUGACCAUUGUAUCUUUGCUGUUGUGGUUACCAGAUAUUAUAUUGACUUUUCUUUUUUUGACUGUUAUACACAGUCUUUCUUUCACGACAUUUUUACGUUUGAAAUUGUAUUUUAUUCUUCUAUACCACACAAACUCGCUUGUUAAUCCCAUUAUUUACACAAUCAGAAUGCCAGAGUUCAGAAGAGCUCUCCUAAUAUCAUUUAAACGUCGACAAAGAGAAAAUGCUGUUAUUCCUCUUCAAGCCCGUUAAUUUAUCAUGUCUAACACUUUAUUGUAAGUUCAAAUGAUGACCAGUCAACUAUGUCAACUUUUGGUCUUUUGCCGAAUGAAAAAAACUCUUGAAAAUAGUAUUUUAAUGCACAGUUUUAUUACUAAACUUUAUAUCGAUAGAGCGAUUUUCCUAUGACCUUAACUGAAAAAUGGUUUCGGUAAGUAUUUCGUUAUUGGUUUUAUCAGCCAAUGAAUAUAUAUAUAUGAAAAGAUCAAAACAUGGACUCUUCUUUUUCCUGCCAAAGAAAACCUUAAUAUGUAGAAGGCAUUGUUCGAUUGGCCGGUCGUGUCGCAGUAUGACGUCAAAACGAAGUAUCGAUUAAUUUCUGGAAAGUUCUCGGGCAUGACGGUUUUUCACCCCAACGUUUGCUUAACCAACCAGAAAGUCACUUGCGUUUGUAUCCGUUCGAUAAACCAAUCAAAUCGCUAUAUUUCCUUUCGUUAGUUGUCUCUGUUUUGUUCGCGUGUUUUCAUUUCAAGGUCAUACGAAAAUCUCUCUAAAAAGAGGGGGGUGAAUAGGUCCGCGGAUCGGCGGAUUUGGCCUUAAAAAGCUCACGGAUUGUGGAUUUCGGCGAUAAAUCGAGGGGAUUCGCGGAUUUGAAAAAUACCGUGGAUCGCGGGUCAGCUGAAAGUUUUGGCCCGGUUUCCGGAUUCUGUCAGUCUAGAAGUUCGGAUUGUGGAUCGGAUUAUCAAUUUUCGGUCAGCCUUGGUCAAUGUGCUGGUGUUUUGUCGGCUAACGUUCCACUUCCGAGGUUUCCGGAAGAGACUUUCUAGUGACCCGACGUAUAUACAUGUAUUCUAGUAUAGACAGCGUGACGAAAAUGACGUCAGGCAACCUUGCGCAUACCUGAACCAUGUGUCACCAUGCAGGAACCACAUUCAUUUCGUAAGAUGAGAGUUACUGGAUUUUUGGGCCCUCACAUUUUAAUGCUAGGAUUGACAGCGACUCAUGAACUAUAAAAAAAAUCAAAUUUACAAAAUGGUCGGUGAAAUGAUAAACUGGAUUUUGCUCCUUAUAUCUAAUGCUAGGACUGACGAUCAUUGAGUACAAAACAAACUACGAGUAAAUGAAACUCUGUAUCUGCACCUGAAAACAAAUGCAGUUUGCCGUGGCUAACCCUUUUACCCGUUCUGUUGUUUAAAGUGGGAACAUGUUUAUGUGAAAAAGAUUAUGGUCUCAAGACCUCCAAGGUGAACCAUGGAAAAUACUUACUGGUAAGCAAAUUACCAUGAAGUUGAGUUCUGCCUCUUCCGAAUUUUGCGGCUCGACUAGAAGCAUGUCCAAAGUGAUGUCAGUAAGUAAAUUUAUUGAAAAAUCUUUUACGCAACACCAGAUACUUUCAUUUUGCAAACAUGCAUACUAUUUGAUUAGUCAAAUCUGUAUCAUUGGAAGAAACAUUAUAAGCUCUGUCCCUAAUGCUUAAUGUUUUGAAGCUGUAACGAAAACUUCUUAAACAUGAAGUCCCGCAUCUGUUGCUUUUCAUGCUACAACGCUACUUUCUAUAUACCACGAAAAAUUUUUAAAGUAACACGGAUUCGGAUUUGAACAAAAAUUAAGUCGGAUCGACAGAUCGGGCCUAAAAAUACCACGGAUCGGCGGAUUUGCAUACCCCUAUUCACCCCCCUCUGAAAACACUGUAAUUACAGAAGCUGUUGCUCAUUUAAAGGGGCUUCCUCACGCUAUUUGCUAAUAUAUUUUUAAAAUGGAUAAACAGUCCUUCGCAUCAAUUGAUUUCCAAAAACAAUGGUCCAGUUUUGUUUUAUUAUUUUUUUAAUGACAUAUUUAUGCAUUGAAAAAGUCUUCUUGUUGUUUUUGCAAAGGGUUGGUAAGGAUGAGCCAACGUUUUCAAGUUUUAGUGUUAUCCAUGCAUAAAAAUUAUUAUGGUUAGUCGGCUCCCUGACCAAUUUGUUUGAUAUCUUCUUUAUAACUCUACAGGAACAUUUUUGUGUACGGCUAAAGGCACUAAGUAAUGAGGUCAGCAAAGAUUUUACCUAAAACAGCAAUAUUCCCGUGUCAUAGCUCCUCUAACCAAUUAAAAAACCCAUUAAAUAUUAACUCGUUAAUAUUCAGUAGGCGUAAUGUCCAAUGAACUUGAGGAAUUGUCCAAUAGAAUUGACACUCUUCUCGAGCAUUUUUUUUCCCCUCCUUUACGAUUAUUAUGAAACUUAACAGCUGAAAUUUCAUUCAUUUGGAUAGUCAUAUUGCGAAGGCAGACAGACGCUUAAACUUUGUAACCCGAGGGGUACUCCCUACAACGGCCUAUACCAGGAGGCUCCGCCUUCAUGCAUAUGAAAGGGUAGGGAUUUCACUUGUUGAAGUACAUGAAAGGGGCGAGAAAGGAAGAAAAACGGCUAAAAGAGGAAUUUCAUGGCCGGGAAAUGGUCUUAAAGACAUCCUAGUUUAGCGAUUUAAAGGGAUGCAGUGUUAACUAGGUAUGUGAACUGAAUAUCAUUUUCCAAUAGAAGGUAUAUGAAAGGGGUACCAGUUUCCGUCGAAAAUGGUAUAUUAAAGGGUAAGGGGUUGGACCGCAGGGUGGGUUCGCCAUAUAAAACUCCCCUUCUCGGGGGGCUGUGUACUUCAGUUGUUCAAUGUAUUUUCAUAAUAUUUGACCAAAGCAGCCUUUGUUAUUUUGGCUGCUUUUGUUUUCCAUUUUGCAAUGCAUUAUUUAGCAAUCCUAUUGAAAUGAAAUACUAAGGGGACAUUUUUGAAGCUCUUCAUUCAAAUCACGCACAGCGCGUGUUUUAAGCAUUACAUACACUUCAGUAAAACCAGCGGCUAAGAAGUUUGGUUUUAAAUUUGCCAAAUUUGCCAGUUAGGCCUUCUCUAUAUUAACCUGUUUAGGCUAAAAUUUGAAACAGGUCCCUAUUAUUGUUAAAAAUCAGUAAUACAAAUCUGUACACUUAGGCACUAAAAUAACUCAACUUUCAGGGUCCUCCUUGGAGACAUAGAAGCCUCAACUGCAGUGUAAUGGUAUGCGGGUUUUACAAAAGGAAUAACUGGAUACAAUGUCUUUUUUUUUUCAGUAGAAAAUAAGAACCUAUUUACAAACCAAAAUAACCUAAAUUUAUGCUAAUUUCCUUUUCUGUAAGAACCUGUUUAAAAUGCAGGCUCUUGGUUGCGGGUUUUUACUGUAUUUAGCUAAUUUAAUUCGAUCUUUUCUUGACGUUUUUAAUCAAGAUAAAAUAUUCGCUAUCAACAGGCAAUUUCCGAGUUCCACAAACCCUCCCUUUCCCGAAGCAAGGCUAAGAGCAAAUCCUUUUUGUGAUGAUAAGUUUCAUUUGCAUGGGAGUAAAAAAAAUGUCCGAUUUUCAUUGCAAUCAUUUCGCUUAGAAACAGAUGGGGUAACUGAAAGAUGGCCUAUUAAUAUUAUACAUUAGGUUUUUAGAAUUUGUUGUUAUACACGGUUUCAUAGUGUAAUAUUUUAAUUUGUUUUUUUUUUUUUUUUUUUACUUCGCGAAGCACUACUACGCAUGUAAGCUGCUAAUGCGUAUGUAAUCGGUAAUACAAAGGCUUGAGAUUUUCGCGCGAACUGCGCAAGCCUCACAAGCCCGUAGGCCCAGUAUCAGCUACUCAACCUUCCUUUCACUUAAUCGUUCGCGGCCACGUUCUUAACCAAGGCAAAAAUACGGGCUGUUUUACAUUCUAAUAUGUAUGUGGCCAUUGAUAAAAUGUAACAGAGUAUAUGUAAAACGAAGCGAAGAUCUUGUUUCUUUGUACACCUUAAUUUCUACUUUAUAUAGGGCUUGUUAACUGUUGCUAGACUUUCUAAAAUGUCAGUGUCAGUAAAUAAACCAAUUUAGAGUAUUCAAUAAACUUGCUAUUUGAACAUGAUUUUACCAGUGGUGUUAUCUGUGAUCAUGGCUUUUUAAUAGCUUUAAUAGCAUAGGUCACAGGGAAAGGGUACAGACUAUGAUGAAAUGGGAAUAAGACACUUACACUGUAGUAUGGGAAACUUGUCGGCAUCACGAACUCAACUCUCAGCCGUUUCUGAACAAGCCAGCAAUAAUACCGGGCUUUAUCCGGUUUGGGAAAAGGAUAAGUUUAUUGACCGAGACCCUCACUGGUACUCUCGUGUCUCGUAGAGUUAAAGAGGCUAUGGUCAAAUAAGACUUCACCUUAACAACAUCAGACAUUUUAAUGUUAAAACAGGGAAAGUGGAAUAGAGAUUCCUGAAUCGUAGAUGCCCUACGAUUAGACAACACAACAACCGAUCAGUAUCACUGCAGAUCGCUGAAAGAACAUUCUCAUCCUCAAAUUAUGCCAACAGUUCUUCGUAUCGAAGCCCAACAACCUUAAUUGCAAUUAAAGUUCUCUGUUGACUAGUUAUUGGUUUUCACUUUUUUUUAGGUCCAUUUUUCGAGUUUGCUUCUUGUUUCGUAAUAUAGCGAAUGCAGAAUUAUUUCAAAAAGACAUUUCUUAAAAGAAUCUUCGAGAGCUUCGCUUUGGCCUUAUCUACAUAUUGUUUGCUUACUGUGAAUGAAGGGGAAAAGCACCUGAGCUGUUUUCAAAGAAUAUACCUUAGUCUAAACCUUUUCAGCUCUUUUCUUUUAAGCGAUUUAUAUAGGAAUGAUAGAUCUGCGACUCGACCGGGGAAAAUGCAAAUCCUCUAAGUUAAAUAGUCAUUUUUCUUUUGCCUUUCCUGUUGACUCAGGACCCCCUGUUGCUUGAUAAUUUUUUGAUUAAAAAUGCUAGUUAGAGAGAAUACACCAGUAUCUAUAUAAUAUUCGUGGAACUUCUCUUCAAUCUUUUAGCUCGACUCAAGGAAAGUCUACAAGAUCACCUCCAGCGUUCAUCUUCAACAGUUUUAAGCAUGUUAAAAAGACUCGGCUCAAAUUGAGGAUCGGUUUAACCACAGGCUAAUCAAUAUGACAUUGAACAGUUCGUAGUAAUAAGCAACAGACCACAAAAGAACGACGAUUUCAAACAAAUUGAGCCAAAACCGGUUCAUCCUAACCGACCACGGCCCGCCCUAAUCUUGUACGUAAUUUACUUCUUUUCACCAUUCGAUCUUUACACACUACAAAAGAGUCGAACCUUCUGUAAGCGACCACCCAAAAUGCCACGUCUUGCGGGAGGUAUCCACUUACGGGAAAGAAUCCCCAGGGGGUCUUUACCGAGAAGAUGCCCGGACAAAUCUACUUUAUCGAAGAUAAUAUAGUUUGUUGCAUGUAAUUUCUAAGCUACAUCAUCAUACAGACGUCGACCUCAUACAAAAUGCAUUAUCUCACAAUUUUUCAAGACAAAUUGCUCUCAUUCAAUAUUCACAACCAUCGAAGUACGCGUGGGCUUUUAGCGUGCCUAGUUGCAUGUUUUUUCUUAAUAAGUUCUUCGUAUAUUCUAAGUAGUAUAGUACACACAGUAAACAUAGAGGUCUACGGUGGCCGGUAGGAACAAAACAGAAUCACAAAACUCAGAACAGAAUCACAAAACCCUGAAACAAAAUCACAAAACCCAAAACAGAAUCACAAAACUCAAAACAGAAUCACAAAACCCAAAACAGAAUCGCAAAACUCAAAAGAGAAUCACAAAACUCAAAAGAGAAUCACAAAACCCAAAACAGAAUCACAAAACUCAAAACAGAAUCACAAAACCCAAAACAGAAUCACAAAACUCAAAACAGAAACACAAAACUCAAAACAGAAACACAAAACUCAAAACAGAAACACAAAACUCAAAACGGAAACACAAAACCAAAAACGGAAACACGAAACUCAGAACAAAAUCACAAAGGAAAGAAGGCACACAAAGGACAAAACGUAGACACACCCUCCUCCCCCACCAUUCAUUCCCGUACCUUUUUGUCUCUUAGCCUCUCGACUGCCGCCGUUUAGUGAGACAGACGAGACACUGACACGACUGACACAGUCGACACACGUCUACAUGUGUCAUGCCAUCUCAUUCAUGGCCUAUGGUGUAAGCCACUUGGAAAGGUUUCCAAUUUCACCGGAAGUAAUGCUGUUUUUUUUUUUUAUUAUUAUUAUUUGUAUCCCGAGUGCGAAUUUAAUUUUUGUUUUUUACUUUUCUCGCAUACAAAAUUUUGCUUUAAGCCUCAGAGAACGUUAAAUGGAAGUCAAGAAAUGUUGUUGGGGUCGUUUCUUUGACUGCAUGAUAAGCAGUAACAAAUAACGAAAGCUUGCUUUUUUAAAUUUCUCUCCUGCCUCCGCCAUCGUAUAGAUCCAGCUUGCCACCCUUUCUUCUCCCGUCUCCCAUACCCCUCCCGCCCCCUGUUCUCCCGGGCUCCCGCCCCCCUGUCUCCCCCACCAACCAAGACGGAAAAUCACCGAGAUUCCAGGGUGGUAUAGAUAUUCUAAGGGUUGGGGGCUCAACGCAUUACAACACGUUUAAGUUGUAUCUGGUUCUGAGGCAUCUUGUCAUGGAACGAUAACCCAUCAAACAGCCUGGUCCAUUUAAUUCAUAGCGUACCGCUCGCCGUAUUUCGUGAGCUGCACUUUCGUUAUUUCUCCUUCGAAGAAUAUAUUUAAUGUUAAUAAGGUAUUUUAGUUGUCUUACGGUUAUAGGAAUGCCGUGGUAAAGGGACAAAAACAUAACGAUGCUAGCGUACUUGUAACCAAUGAAUCAAUAUGAGCGUAUGCAAUCUUCCAGCGAAGCAAAAUUGCUCACAACCGGACAGGCGGGAAUAGCAUUAACGAAAACAAGUUGAUAUAAUAGAAAUACGAAAACAGUGGGGGAAAAAGGAAAGUGAUUUACCAAAGAAGCCAUGUGCUACACUGAGCAGGAGGUUUAACCUUUGUGAUUACACGUGUCAGUCUUAAUUAGUAACCUGGCUAAUCCACUGUUUUGUGUUACUGUUUUUUUUUUUCUCUGUUAUCUAUUUUGUAUUUCCGUUUUUGGUUUUGUGUUUCCGUUUUGAGUUUUGUGUUUCUGAUUUGAGUUUUGUGUUUCUGUUUUGGGUUUUGUGAUUCUGUUUUGGGUUUUGUGAUUCUGUUUUGAGUUUUGUGUUUCUGUUUUGGAAUUGUGCUUCUGUUUUGGGUUUUGUGAUUCUGUUUUGGGUUUUGUGAUUCUGUUUUGAGUUUUGUGAUUCUGUUUUGAGUUUUGUGAUUCUGUUUUGGGUUUUGUGAUUUUGUUUUAGGGUUUUGUGAUUCUGUUUUGUUCCUAUCGGCCACCGUAGAGGUCAGACAAUGCGUGAGGUUAUCGUUUCACAAGAGGUUAAAAACAGUGGAUAAUCAUUAAAACGACAGCUCCCAAAAGUGGUCGUGAUCGCUUACAGGAGGUGGUCGUACACUAGAGGUUCCAACUGUAAGACUUUGACUGGGAAAAAUUUGGUGUUUUGGAUAGAUGGUCGCUUACGAGAAGUGGUCGCACAUGGAAGUUCAUCCAUAGUAGAAAACAUGUAUUCCUAAAGGGCGGACCAGCAGUUUUUGCUUUAGUUUAUACUUAGUUGGAUAAUCCAAACUUAUAAGUGCACAAUAAUGAAAACAAGGCUAAGCAAGGAGCGACCACAAAUUUUGUUCCGGAACAAAGAGGAAACGGGAUGUUUCAAAUUAAAUAUCCCCAUGGCAGUAUGGAUAAAUUUUUAAGCGCUGUGACGUUUGAAAAUCCCAAAUUUAGACGAAAAGUCGUAUAUCUAUCUAAUCCAUCGAAAAGUUUAAAUGACUUGAUGCCUUUGUCGUGGGCUUGGUCCCAUUAGCGUAAUUUAAAACCAUUCAUAACACGCGAAAUAUGUUUAAGUCUUCGUGCCUUAUAAAUAUCGUUCGAAAUCGUACGAUAAGGAAAAAAAAAUGGCAAAAAAUUGCGUUACUUCGGAUUGCCUCCAAAUUUCGCCCACAGGAAGUUACUAGAUUUAGCCAAUUAUGUGCCUAGUUCCAGCCUUCCAGUCUUGUGUUUCCUUCCACACUUCUUCCGUGCUCUAUCCGCUUCGAUUCCGGCGUGCUUCAAUUCAACAGAACAUACAACGCACUCAAGGCUUCUUGAUUCAGUCAAGGAUUCUGGAGGAUAACAAGCAAAACAAACGCAAAAAUCGAGGUAAGAAAACAGUCUAAGUCUGCAGCACAUGUUCUGACAGCGAACAAAAUAAAUUUGUAUAAAAUUCUUAGCCGCUCUACAUUUUCGAUCGAUUUUCGGGCUGUACUGUUUUGCUUAGAUAUUGAAAAAAAAUGUUUAUUACUACCAUAUUACGCAAAAUGGACAAUUUUUCUGUCAAAAUGAAAUUUUUUUUAAAAGAAACAUCAACGAUAAAAAGUAACACGGCGUUUCGAUGCCUCUACGUCAUCAUUAUCAAAUGCGAAGAAAAUUAGCAAGAUUUGGUGAUUUAUAAUUAUUCAGAAAAAGAAAGUGUCAGGAAUAUGUCAAGUUAAAUUCAGGCGUGAAAAUGGAGCAAACUAACAAUUAAAUAAAAGGUUUCGCCCGCAUGGAGUCCACUUGAAUGUCACCGAAACGUCGUGUUACUUUAAUUUAUCGAUGAUCUUUCUUUUAAAAUGUAUGUAAUCAAUCGUUAUCAAAAUGAUGUUCUUUAUAAAUUUUUUUAAUUAUUAUGUAGAAAAAUGUUUUGUUAAUUUUUUUUGCGGAAUAUUAUGGGUCUCCUGAGACCGAAAAUUUUUUUUGGAAAGUUUAUUCUUUUCCAUUUCCAAUGAGGUAUAGCUUUAUAUGGAACUGUAACUAACAGCAGAGAUAUGAUUUUUUAAAGUUACAUGGUCAAUUUACUUAAAAUUUUUUAAGAAGACAAUGAGUUUUAAAAGCCAUUCAUUCAGAAGAAGCGAUAGUUUCUUGGUUUGAAUUUUGGUGACGUCAUGUGAAAACCAAGAAUUGAAAGCCACAGUAACCUUGCCAAUGUUCAGUUUCACUGACACCACGUGAGCUUCCACGGUUAACGUUGCUGUAACUUUGUUUUUAUUAAUCAACAAUUACAAUAAAGUCCAACUAUAAUGCGCACUGAUUGGUUGAAAAAGCGUGCUUUAUGAGUGUAAAACACGGAGCUAAAGCUGUCACAUCAUCUGCUAAAGGGAGAAUUUCUAAAAGGAGAAAGUAAUGCUUGGGGAAUUUAACAGAUUCUUUAUUAUCAAACAAAAUUAAUAAAGAAGUCUUCAAUGAGCUCUGUUCUUUUAGGAGAAACUCUCGACUACGUCGUUGGUAACUAAAAAGCAGUUGGUAAUUUAUUACUUGUUUUUGCUAGAACAAAAGACAGAAAGAAGCUGCAAUUAUUUUGCAUAAUAUGUGGGUCGUUAGUGAAGUUUGCGAGUUGUAUAAGACCAUAGUCGUUAUACGCGUUCAUAUUAUAAUACAUGUAGUUUGGAUAAAUUAAUCGUUGAGUCGUAAAUUUAAAAAGGGAACAAGCACGAGCAGUAGCUUUAACCUAGGUACUGUUAGUUUCCUUUAUUAAACUCGUGUUAAAAUCCAGGGUAAAAACUCACACUUCGCUGAUAUGCAAAUACAGUUGAACCUCCACGAAGCGCCCACCCUCCGAGUAACGUCAAGUUGCUCCUUGCAGGUGCGUAGCGUAAGAUUUUGAAAGUGUGCGCCACGUGAGGAAGAAAGUUUGCAGCGCCGAGGGCGGUGUAAUUGGUUCGGUUCGGGGUCUUGGGGCAUGCUCCCCCAGAAAUUUUUUUUUAAUUUAGGGUCUCGAAAUGCCAUUUCCAGCGUUUUCUGUAGGACAUUUUCAGUAAAUUGAUACGAGGAAAAUGCAGUAGUUAGUUGUCUCUUGCUUGUCGGUAAGGUACAGUGCCUUCAAAGUGAUGUCGCUCCACCUAUGAAAAAACAACGGAGUGACAUGACCUCUGAGCGAGUCGCCCGUCGAUGAAGGAAUGAAGUCGAGACAUCUUUACUAGCCUACUGGGCAUGAAGAUAAAACGCCAUAUGACUUUAAAGGAAGAUUUCGAAACCGAAAAGUACAUCCACAUCAUCCAAGGUCCUCACGUCGCGGACAUCUUAUGCAAAAUGGAGAAAUUAAUGGGUCGUGAAUUUUGCUACGUUCUUGUAAUUUUUCGGAAUUGCAAGGACCACACUUAUAGUGAACUCACUGACAGAUAUAUGUAUAAAAAAACUAUAAUGUGAUGCGUCUUAAUGUAUAAAACAAAAACAUUUUACGAGAGAAAAUAACGAAUCGGUACUUUGUUUCUUGAGUAUCAAACUCUAAAUAAAAUUUCAUCUGACCUGCUGUUGAGAAAAAUUUAAUGCUAAUAACUUAUAUGUUAAAUAUAUAUUUAUGACAACACUCCUUUGCCGAGUGUGAAAGAUUCCCAAGCUGGGCUGACUUGUUUCGAUGUUUUAUUGCGAGGGAUACAAUACUUCUCCUUACGGUAUUAUUCAGCUUGUGAGAGAAUCACUGUGCAAAAAUAUGGACAUUUCCAUGUACCACUUUAUCAACGUUUACAGGAGGAACAUGAAAUCACCACGUUCCUAUGAGCAGCUUUGUCGCGAGGUACAUGGAAAUUUCCUUGUUCCUUUUAAACAGCUUUGUCUCGAGGUACAUGGAAAUUUCUAAGUUCCUUUUGAUCAGCUUUGUCUCGAGGUAUAUAAAACUGUUCCAUGUUCCUUUUAAACAGCUGCUUGGCAUUAACAUGGAAAUUCCCAUGUUUCUUUUGUAGAAAUAUCCUUAAUUAACUCUAUUUUUGACAGUGUGUCUUAGUUUUUGGCAGUUGUAAGUGGUCUGAGUUUGAGGCGUUUAAGUGUCAAAAAACCCCAAAAUGUUCAUUUGGCAGUUUUGGCAAAUAAUUACCAUUUAACAGCAGACGUAUUAAACAUAUUUCGUAGUUUCUAUCAUAAGACGACGGCAAUUUAUUAGCUUUGAGCUAUCUCUUUACCACAAUUGAAAAUACAAAGACGGUACUUGCAAGAUUUCAUUAGAUUCUCCUUUUCCUCAUUUUUUAACCUAACGCUUUAUUGAUGUAUUUAGCAAAAUUUAAGCAGUCAAAGCAAAUUGUUACUUAUUCUCGAGGUACAUGGAAAUUUCUAAGUUCCUUUUGAUCAGCUUUGUCUCGAGGUACAUAAAACUGUUCCAUGUUCCUUUUGAACAGCUGCUUGGCAGGAACAUGGAAAUUCCCAUGUUUCUUUUGUAGAAAUAUCCUUAAUUAACUCUAUUUUUGACAGUGUGUCUUAGUUUUUGGCAGUUGUAAGUGCUCUGAGUUUGAGGCGUUUGAGUGCCAAAAAACCCCAAAAUGUUCAUUUGGCAGUUUUGGCAAAUAAUUACCAUUUAACAGCAGACGUAUUAAACAUAUUUCGUAGUUUCUAUCAUAAGACGACGGCAAUUUUAUUAGCUUUGAGCUAUCUCUUUACCACAAUUGAAAAUACAAAGACGGUACUUGCAAGAUUUCAUUAGAUUCUCCUUUUCCUCAUUUUUUAACCUAACGCUUUAUUGAUGUAUUUAGCAAAAUUUAAGCAGUCAAAGCAAAUUGCGACUAAAGAGGUUUCAUUCUUUCAAAUAAUGACAAAAGGGUAUUUUUGGCUGAAUUUCGUAACUUUUGGGCAAAAAAAAAAAUCGCCAAAAUACUCAUUGUUUCCCCUUAAAUACUACUUUAGAAUAUCAAGUAUAAAUUUAGAAAGUGUCAUUACGGCUGCAACUGUCAGAACUGUUACCUUAACUCAAGCGUCACGUUCACUCCUGCUAUUAAAAGGGUGACAAAUUAACAAAGGGAACAAUUUACUGAGAGUGUACGAGACUUUAUAUUGGAAGAGUUUCAGUGAACGUUUAUUCUUAUGAUUUUAAACGGCGAUCAUUUUAAGGACGGUGGAGCAAUCUGUUUAUCUUCACGUUGAACGAAGAAACGCUUGACAUCAGUUACGGCAGUCCAGGAAAUGAAUUCCUUUGCUAACUUGAGCCAAAAUUUUUCUGCUGUCCUCCUUCAAGACAGCCAACCAGCUCAGUAUUUGUUGGAAAGGUAGGUGCUAUGUUAGGACUUGCUGCGUGAAAAAAAAACAUAACGAUAAGCCUUUAAAACUAUUUAACAUUUCCCAAUGAACAGCAAAGUCCUCGCAUCGCGAAGUUUAAGAAAAAUGAGCUUUAGCACCGACGACGGCAACGUUAGCGAAAACGUCACUUUAAAAAUAAAUUCUCGUUUUUUCAAACUUUCCUGCGUAUAUUCCUGCUCGCUUGAAAUGUCAAAUGUGGGCGAAUUUUUCUGGAGUUGAAAUUUUGGCAACCGCACUCAAGUUUAAAAAGAUAUCGAAGAAAAAUUCGCCGUCGCUUGUUAACGUCACGUCGUAGUUGGGUGACAGCAGAGAUUUUAGUAGUCACCGUCACAGUUAAACCUCGCUGAAUUUUGUCUUUCUUUUAAAGAGAAGCUUAGAUUCACCAUACCUUGUAGAAAGAAGAUUUUAAGAAGCGUUUGUAACUGGAAAUCACCAAAAAACCUCUUCAUUCUUUUAGGUUCUGAAUUAUAACCUAGAACGUUGAGCCUUUUAAAGUUCAUCGAAGGAUAAAUAAGAAAAUACCACUUUAACCACCCAAACAAUUGCAAAGGGAACAAAACAACAAAAGAUGUUACCACAUGUUUUGAAAAACAGAUGUUUUGUUUGCUUCAAAGGCCCUACCCUUUAACGGGAAACACAAAACACAAUUCUGGUUAAAGGCCUAUAAACGGUUACAGGAAGCGAACAAAAAGCAGUUGUUAGCAUGAGUGGGUAGCAGUCGCGUGAGAAGGUAAAGGCGCAAAUAAUGGCGAUACCCGCGAUGAAUUGGAAAGGGCGCACAUCCCUUACCUAGUUCCCUGCGCAGGCUGAGAAACUGUAAUAAACGAUUUUGUUCCUUCUACUGGGGUCAUUAAAAAGGAAAUUCAUAUUGACAACAUGUUUAACUCAGGGACAAUUUUUCUGAAAGUUUAGGUAAAAUUAAAAAAAAAUUGUCUCUUGUUUACUCGUUUGAUAGGUCUGAAAAAGCAGGCCUACCGUUCAGUUAAUUACUUCAAAUCCUGGUAAUGGGCAGAAGGGUUGUAGCAGCGAAGGUCCGAGUACUAGGAGUUCGUAUGCAAAUUAAAAAAAGCUAGUGAAGUGUAUUCCUUGAUUGGCUUAUUCAUUCAAAAAUAUUUUUCGAGCCACGAUAACUUGGAAGUUGGUUGACUUUCAUUGGCACAAUUAGUGUGCGAUACAAUUUUCCAGUCUCUUUGUGAAUAUUUGAUGGAUUAUUCGAGUUUGAUGGUGGACAUACUCUUAAAACGUACCCGUAGGGUACUCCCUACAAUGGCCCAUACGGGGAGCCUCCGCCCAAAAGGAAUAUCUCAUUUAGGCUUUGGGUACAUAAAAGAGUAGGGAUUUACUUGCUGAAGUAUAUGAAAGGGUAGGGAAAUGUAUCAUUUCUGUCUGUAAAAAGGACCGAAGGCCUAACAGAUGCAUUUUAUGGCUGUGUGAAAGUCUAGAUAACGUUCUAGUUUUGUGAUUAAUUCAUAUUUAAAGAAAUUUGGAGUACAGCAGUUAAAACGUGAAAGGAGUACCAUUAGUCGCGAAGGGUAGAAGGUAUACAAAAGGGGUACCUUUUCUGUCAUAAUUAAAUGGUAUACAAAAGGGUAAGUGGCUGGACCUAGGGGCGGAGCCUUCCCGUAUAAACCUUUCUUGAGUACUCCCCCCUUCACAGCGAAAUAAACUUUCUACCAGGUGAUCAAUUACUUCUUAGUGACUUGAAGUUCAAUGAGCGCUAACAACAACAGCUAAAAUUCACAUAUAUUUUUUUACCCUCAGUUUUCAGAAAACUAAUUCAUCUUACUCACCCCCCAACCGCUGCUUUUGAUUUUUUUCUUUCCAUAGGUGAAAGGCAAGAGUUUGCUUCAGCGUUAACGAAAUUAUCAAGCUGUUAAGGUUAAGGUGAGCUCUCUAACGAAGAAUCUUUCUCAAAUACAAUCUCCAUUAUUCUUGAUAUUUAAGAAGUCGACGUCAGCUCUCUUAGUUCACCUCCUAACUUCUCUUUUUCAACUAACCAAACUUUAUUCGAUUUCUUCUUGAAGGGAGGAGAAAAGAUAAUUAAAAAAACAAUGUUCUCCAGGAAGAUCUCUUCAACCGAGUGCAGCACAUGGUUGGGUGUACUCCUUACUGUAACUGUUGCUGUAGUUGCAGUGAACCUCCUAUCAAUUGUUCUUUUUGUAAAGAACAGUAAUCUUCGCACUCGUGCCAUGUACUUGGUUAUAAACUUAACCGUGGCUGAUAUGUUUGUUGGAGGAAUUGCCAUUUUCGAUGUAGUAUUUCAAUUCCUCCUCUACGGUUGCGAAAGUGAAAAUAUACUUCAGAGCUUUUUUAAGCGGGAAUGGCAAGCUGUUUCAUUUACCACGAUCAACAUGUGGCUUCCUCUCACCUCUGUAACAGGCAUUGCAGUAAUUUCUUUAGAUCGGAUGCAUGCGACGUUUCGUCCAUUCAGGCAUCGCAACAUCAAAAAAUGGGCCUACGGGGUAACAAUCGCUUGCGUCUGGAUUUUAACUGCGAUGUUAUCAACUUCCUUUCCGUUAAUGAUUCUGUAUGGGAACUGGUCACAACAACAGUGGGAAUUGGUAUUUCCUUUGUACCUAUGGCUCUCAUAUUGCUGCCUUUGCCUUAUUGUUAUCUGUGUUUCCUACACCUCCAUUGCUUUAAAAUUUUGGUGUGGAACUCGUCCUCCGUCCCACGGUGCAGCCAAUAGACAAAGAAAACUGACUGUGACAUUAUUCAUAACGACCCUUGUAUCUUUGCUGUUGUUGUUACCGUAUGUUAUAUAUAUUUUUGUUUCUUUGAGUGUUAUACGCAGCUUAGUGACAUUUUUUCGUCUGCUAUUAUCUUUAACUCUUAUAUACCACACAAACUCGCUUGUUAAUCCCAUAAUUUACACAAUCAGAAUUCUAGAGUUCAGAAGAGCUCUCCUGAUGUUACUUAAAAGUCGACAAAGACAAAAUGCUGCUAUUGCUCUUGAAGGCCGUUAA